GUAGGCGGGCGGGGGAGCCGGGGAGCGGCGCGACUCCGCCACCCGCUGACGCACCGUCGGGGAGUUGCGCUCGGACCUUCUCCCGCCUCCUCCUUUCCCCGGGAGCCGCUGUACACUUGGAGCCGGGCCGGGGGGAGCCCAGCCGAGAUCUGCGAGCGUCGGCCGGCCCGGCAGCGCAGCGGACUGUCCCGGACCCGGCGAGGAGCCCGCUGCCCCUUCCUCGCGGCGUCCGGCGCGGGCAGUGGCUCAAACUUUCUGCACCGUCCCCGCACCGCGCCCUCGGGAGGGGGAGCCGCGGCCACUGACAGUUGUUUUCUAUAGAUUUUGGAAAUAUUCUUCUGGGAGUUGCCAGCAGUGCCACGUGUUGGAAAAAUCUUUUCUGCCCUUUCGAUGGAGGGAAGUGAGCAAACAUAAUCUAGCAGAAGUCUGGUAAAGAGAGCAAUCACAGCUGUUCAAAACUACUGAUCAAGAAUAUACCCAACAUAUCAUCUGAGUAGAUGGCAGAUUGCUCGCCCUUUCUCAAAGCUGGUAAGAAGUCUGGGAAUCACACCUGAAUAGAAGCCCACCACAUCUUUGUGUGAAAGAGGUUUCAGAAGGUGACAAUGAAAUGUGAAGAAGUUACAUUUCUACUGUGAUACUUGAAAAUUAGUGGCUACCUACCAAAUUUUCAUGAAAAUUAAAUAUGACUUAGGAGCAUUUGAUUUAUGAAGGCUUAUGAUGUCAUCUGUUGCGACAGAGAGCAAAAUCCAGAGGGCGGUGAGCCUGCAGGGAGUUGACCCAGAAACAUGCAUGAUUGUAUUUAAAAACCACUGGGCGCAGGUUGUGAAAAUCUUAGAGAAGCAUGACCCCUUGAAGAACACCCAGGCAAAGUACGGGCCUGUCCCUCCAGACGAGGCCAGUGCCGUUCAGAACUAUGUGGAGCACAUGCUGUUUCUGCUGAUUGAAGAGCAGGCCAGGGGUGCUGCCAUGGGGCCCAUCCUGGAGUUCGUGGUCUCCGAGAACAUCAUGGAGAAGCUAUUCCUUUGGAGCCUGAGGCGGGAAUUCACCGAUGAGACGAAGAUGGAGCAGCUCAAGAUGUACGAGAUGCUGAUCACCCAGUCCCGCCAGCCUCUGCUGCACCACAAGCCCAUUCUGAAGCCCCUGAUGAUGCUGCUGAGCUCCUGCUCGGGGACAGCCACCCCCACUGUGGAGGCGAAGCUGGUAGUCCUGCUCAAUCAGCUCUGUUCCAUUCUUGCCAAAGACCCAUCCAUCCUGGAGCUCUUCUUCCACACCAGUGAGGACCAAGGGGCUGCGAACUUCCUCAUCUUCUCCCUUCUGAUCCCCUUCAUUCACCGGGAGGGGAGCGUCGGCCAGCAGGCCCGGGAUGCCCUGCUCUUCAUCAUGUCUCUGUCCGCCGAGAACAGCGUGGUGGCUCGCCAUAUCGUGGAGAACACCUACUUCUGUCCCGUGCUUGCGACGGGGCUCAGCGGCCUGUACUCUUCGCUCCCUACCAAGCUGGAGGAGAAGGGCGAGGAGUGGCACUGCCUGCUGAGGGACGACUGGCUCCUGCUCCCGCCGCUGGUCCAGUUCAUGAACUCGCUGGAGUUCUGCAACGCCGUCAUUCAGGUGGCCCACCCCUUGAUUCGUAAUCAGCUUGUCAAUUAUAUUUACAACGGGUUCUUGGUACCGGUCUUGGCUCCAGCUCUGCAUAAGGUGACUGUGGAGGAGGUCAUGACCACAACCGCCUACCUGGACCUUUUUCUGCGCAGCAUCUCCGAGCCAGCACUGCUUGAGAUCUUCCUCCGCUUUAUCCUGUUGCACCAGCAUGAGAAUGUCCACAUCUUGGAUACGCUCACGAGCCGAAUCAACACCCCAUUCCGGCUUUGUGUGGUGUCCCUGGCCUUAUUUAGAACUCUCAUCGGUUUACAUUGUGAAGAUGUGAUGUUACAACUAAUUCUAAGGUAUCUGAUCCCUUGCAAUCACAUGAUGCUGAGUCAGAGGUGGGCUGUGAAGGAGAGAGACUGUUACUCUGUGUCUGCGGCCAAGCUGCUCGCCCUGACCCCCGUCUGUUGCUCCAGCGGGAUCACCCUGACGCUUGGGAACCAGGAGAGGGAUUAUAUUCUCUGGUCAAAGUGCACGCGUGAUAGCCCAGGGCCCACGGAGCCACCACUACCCGAGGCGUUCGCGCCGUCGGCCUGCAUCGUGGAGUACGGCAAAGCCCUGGACAUCAGCUACCUGCAGUACCUCUGGGAGGCCCACACCAACAUCCUCCGCUGCAUGCGGGACUGCCGCGUGUGGUCCGCCCUGUACGACGGAGACUCCCCUGACCCCGAGGCAUUCUGCCUGGGCCCGCCGGAGGAGAGGGCCCCUGGCGCCACCUCCCCUGUGCUCCGGCUUCCGCAGCAGGUCCCCGGGGCGACCCGGAAGGAGAAGAGCCACACAGAGCUGGAGUGGGAUGACAGCUACGACACCGGGAUCUCCUCGGGGACCGGCGGGGGCUCCCCCGGGCCGUAUGAGGAUGCUGAGAACGCCAGUCCCCCGGCCCCCGUGGACCCCCCCAAACACAUCCAGGAGAUGAAGAAGAAUGCCAUCCUGCUCUUCAAAGGGGCCUACAUCGAAGAGUCUGACUUCCAGGACGAUGUGAUGGUGUACAGGCUGUGUGCUGAGAAGGAUGCUGAAGACGCCCGUGGUUCACAGGAGGACUCCAUGAGGCUCCCAGCCCAGACCCAGGUCCAGGGUGCCCCCCUGAACAACGGCCCUCUGCCUGGCCCUGAACCAGAGAUGGAUUCUGAGGAGGAACAUAGCAGGGCCGAUUCGGACGUGCCCCACAGUGUGUCCAGGGACCCAGAACCAGAGAACGAGCCCGAGGUCACCCCAGAGCCAACCCCUGAGUCAGCAGCCCCCAGCCCCGAGGUGGAGCCUGGUGCCCAGCCGACAGCGGCUAGCCCCGAGGGUGAAGAUUUCAUGGCCCAGUACGAACAGAUCAUUAAAGAGCUGGGUUCCAGCACCGAGGGCCUGAUGGAGCAGGAUCUCUCCUCACCAGAUGCCUUGCUGGUCACAAAGGAGCCGGAGGGGGAGAAAGACGGGAGCCAAGGGGAAGAGGAGGAAGAGGGGAAGGACCCAGAGGAGGAGGACGAUGACUUUGACUCUUUCAUAGCUGAGGCGCCCCCCACAGAGACCCCGCCAUCCCCGUUCGGAGUGCGAGACGAAGCCGCCUUUGCCAGUCACCGUCCCGCAAGGAUGCAGAGCACCCCGUUUACAGGCCCGUUCAUCAGCGUCGUCUUGUCCAAGCUGGAGAACAUGCUGGAGAACUCGCUGCACGUGAACUUGCUGCUCAUUGGCAUCAUCACACAGCUGGCCAGCUACCCGCAGCCCCUCCUGCGAUCCUUCCUGCUCAACACCAACAUGGUCUUCCAGCCCAGCGUGCGCUCCCUGUACCAGGUCCUCGCGUCCGUGAAGAAUAAGAUUGAACAGUUCGCCUCCGUGGAGAGAGACUUCGCUGGCCUCCUCAUACAAGCCCAGCAGUACCUGCUCUUCCGCGUGGACCUCUUCGAUCCGAGCCCCGAGACACCCACCAAAGAUCCCGUUCCGGACGCCUCCAGGACAGGAAGCGGCAAGAACUUCUUGGAUGGCCCCCCGAGAGUGCUUCAGCCCUUCAUGACGAACAGAGCCAAGGUGUCGGGGGCGCCCCCCAGCCUGCCCCCGCCGGUGCGGGACACCAUGCUGGCAGCCGCCCUCUUCCCCGAGUUCCUGAAGGAGCUGGCCGCCCUGGCCCAGGAGCACUCCAUCCUCUGCUGCAGGGUCCUGGGCGACCCGGACGACGCUUGCUGGUAGUCUGGAAUAGAGGUUCUGGUCUUCUGCGGUCUAGUGUCUUGACUGAAUGUUGAAUGCAAAGCUGCUCACAGACAUCUCUACUUGGAGACUUCCUGACGACACUUGAUUCUGGGGGAGGGGGCCUUCUGAGCACCUCCUCUCUCUCCAGCCAGGUUUCCCCACCUUGUCUGCCCACUGACGUGGUUGCUCCCUUGGCAGGCUUCCUGGGCUCCGUUUGUUUCCUCCUCAGGAGGGCUUGGUCCUUGCUCUCCCAUCCCUUUAAGUGGGAGCACAGAUCCACCCAGUGACCCCCAGGCCUCAGUGGCUUCUGGAGGUGCCCGUGCCAGAGGGCUGGUCCUCCAGAGGCACGUGAACACAUACCUGCCCCUGCCGCCUUCCGCAUCGUGACCCCCUCUUACAAAGGGAGGAGUAAAGAUGGAGCCCCUCUUGCCUCCAACACAAGCCGCAUCAUCCGUCCUUUUGCGUGUUGCUUCCAACACUUGUAUUCCAUCCAACACAUGUUGCCUUACCCUUAUGGUGCAGGCAAAUCCAUUGGUCUCAGCUCUCUGCCCAGGAAGUCAGGUAUAGCUGGAGAGAAUGUGGAAUGCAGGGAAAUGUCUCGUUUGCUCGAGAGCUUUCUUUACUCAUUAUAUCACCACCUAAACACUGAAAAUAGCCUUAUUUUAGUAAGAUUUGCACACAAUGAACUCUGCCUAUGCAAACUGUUACUUUGGUUUUUAGGACUCUGAUCAACCUAAUGAACAAAGCAUGGUAUCUGAUGCUUAUGUAAGAAGACAGCCAUUGUUAUUUUUUUAAGUGUUUUAUGAAAAACUGAUUCAUUUGUGAAACUAUCUCAUGGUGGGUAUUUUUGGGGAGUAUGGAGUGGGGGAAAGGAUAAAGGUAAACUAAAUACAAUCUGUACAAACCUUGGUAAUUAUUUAAAAAUCUGUUUGCUUUUUCUAAUAUGUUGCACUUUGUAGAGAAACAGGAACCGUACAGCCUCUUUGGGAACUGGGAUGCAGGGGCCAACAGGUCAUAGGGAGCCCCACCAAGCCAAGUGCCUGCUGGGGCCUCGCUCUGCACAGAAACGCCGCCUUCUGAGUAAUGGGGCUCAUUAGAAGGCCCCAUCGUGAUGUAUUAGCACAUCUCUGCUCUGCAGCCCACUCCGCCAGGCAUAAUUAUACUCAGAGCCUCGGUCUACUCCCACGGAGAGGGAGAAGCACACAAAAUAAUUGUGGGCUAAAAAAAACAAGACCAUAAACAACUGAUAUUCAUGGAUAUUAUUAGAUUCCACUGCCCUGUACUGUACGCAGGUGAGAAGCUUGGAACUAGGAUGAGCUCUGUUUGGAAGAAAAUUGGAAGCCCCAGGUCUCCCUCCUCUCUUUGUGGGUGUCUUGCUGAGACCCUGGCGGCAGCGCUGGUGUGGGUUUUAAUCAGGCCCUAGUACAGCAGGGGCAUGAAGGGGAGAAGCGUGUGAGAUGCUGCGGAGCUGAGGCUGCCGUUGUGUUCAGGGACCUUGAGGCUGCUCUGUAUCCAAAGCAGGCAAGUUCCCCCCGGGAUGAGGCCCCUGGAGCACUGGCUGGGGCCAGGGGACUCCUCGGAGCCAGCCUCACAGUCUUCGGGUCUAGGUAAGGAGCCAGAGCUACGGAGCCACUGUGCGUUCUGACUGUUUGCCUGUCUAGAAAGGUGGCUUGCCAGCUGCGGUGCACAUUGGCCUGCCCUUGGCUUCCCAGUGCCUACUCGUAUUGCACAAGUUUCUACUGGAAAAGAAAGUGUCUCGGAGGCGGAGAGAGAGGAGCAGAAGGAUGGAAUUUUGGCUGUAAUUUAUUCGCUUCCAGUUUUGUUUUGCACAAGUUAUUUAUCUUCCAGUUUGGACUCACUGGGUAUAUAAGAUGCUCAAAUUACAUCCGGAAGCCAUAUCCGUUAGCUUUCCGGUGUGAUUUACACUGUUCUCCAUUAUCUGGUGAUGGUGUGGGGUCUUUUUCUUGCUUUUUUAUAGGAAACUACAGUCCCCAAUGUGGAAGGCACUCUCUGGGGAAGAGUAUGUAUUUAAAGUAGGUACUGAAGUAGACUUAGAAGAGGAUGGAGGUGACCCGAGUCUGCAGUGAGAGGCAGGAUUAACUCCCAUGGUAGGUGCUGGUAGCGAGCCCACAGGACAGCCCUGUCUGUUUGGAGGCAGACACUAGUUCGGGUUUCUGGAUCCAUUGCAGCCUGCCACCGGAGUAUUAUGUCCAGGCUUUCUCAAAAUGAGGUCAGAAAAGGAACCUGGAAGUACAUUCGUGGAAACGGGUGAACCUCUGCAGUUGAACAGCCAGGUGGGUUGGGCAAGGAUGUUUGGGGGUGGGAUGGACACGCGUAAGGGCACACACAGAGACCGGGAGCUAAAACGAGCAGACCUGAGGAGUCUGGGGAGAGGAACGCCGGUCUAGGCAGACAGGGAGAUACUGAAUGCAUCCAGGUGGCAAUCGGAAUCCUUGGUGGGAAAAAUCUUGGUACUGAAGUAGAUGAACUUCCUGGGUGGUGGUAGUGGUAAAGAACCCAUCUGCCAAUGCAGGAGAUGUUAAGAGACGCGGGUUUGAUCCCUGGGUCAGGAAGAUCCCCUGGAGGAGGGCAUGGUAACCCACUGCAGUAUUCUUGCCUGGAGAAUCCCAUGGACAGAGGAGCCUGGCGGGCUACAGGUGGUGGGCCCACGUCAGCCGCUGUGCUGCGGGUUGGAAGGCGCAGUGGGCAUGGGCUUUGGUGUUCCUGGGUUGGGUCACUGUGUCAGGCCUGGGGGUCCUGGGCAGCGGGGGUGAGUCACAAGUCCCUGCAAUAGCACGUCCUUCACUGAGAUUCAUAACUCAGGGUCUGAUGUGAAGUUCUAGAUGAACUGGGUUUUGUGGUUCAAAGUAAUACGAGAGCACUGGGGUAUUUAAAAUUGAUUUUUGGAAAUAGCCAAGUAAAUGUUUUUAAAAUUCUAAAGUGAUUCCGGGUUGAGUUUAGCCUAAAAUACAAUUUUACAGAGUAAAGUAUAGAGUCCCAGACAUGAAAUGGCAAUGCUGGAGUAACCAAUCAGAGAUGUGUUUUUUUUAGUAGGUACUUCCUUUUCCUGAUAUUUAGAGGAAAUGUGAAAUGGUCCCCAUUUUCCUUAGUAAAAUACUUUGGGGUGCUAGGGUUGGAAUCAGUGUCUCCGUAACAUGUAGGAAGGGGCUCUUUAUUCCCCCAUGGGUCCUCCAGGGUACCUUUUCCUCAGCAAGUGGCUUUUAUUUAGGUCUGCUGCAGUGGUUGAUUUCAAGCCAUUAAGACAUCCUGGGGCCAGGGUAUUGUGGGGAGAGCGUCCUCUUAGGUACAGAAUCUAGAAACAGGAUACAUGGUACUCGGGGCUCAGAGCUGUUUUUGUCUGACUCAGCCUGGUCGCACGCUCCACGUGGCUGGGCUUCCGGCUGUGUUCAGAGGUUUGGGACUGCGAGUGUCCUGCCUGCUCCCCUACAGGAAGUGCGGCCGGGGCGGGGGUGGGACAUGCCACAGGCAGAAAGAUGAACGUCUGCAGUCAUGCCCAACCUCAGGUGGGGGUGGGCGGGUCAGUGUGGUCACUAAUCGUCAGCCAUGCAUUUACUGAAAUGGCUGGCACACUCAGUCAUUUAAAUGAAAGACAUUAUUGCAGGUCAGCUAUUACUGCACCUGAAGCGAAGAGCCCACUGAUUGGCAAAGACUCUGAUGCUGCAAAGAUUGAUGGCAGGUGAAGGGGCGGCAGAGGAUGAGAUGAUUAGCUAGCAUCAUAGACUCAAUGGACAUGAACUUGAGUUCAGUGGACACCACACUCUGGGAGAUGGUGAUGGACAGAGAAGCCUGGAGUGCUGCAGUCCAUGGGGUCGCAAAGAGUCAGACGUGACUCAGUGACCAAACGAAACAACACUACUGCACGUGCUACUUGAAGUCACUGACCAGCGGGGUGUAGCUUGUGGCUCGCCCUGCACCCUAGCCAGCUUAGCGGUAUUAGUUCUUCCUGAAUAGCAGGCCUCUGGAGCCCAGGCUUCCAGCCGUUGGAUAUUCUCGACCCCUUCUUGCUUCAGCCCUCAGUCAGUAAAUCACACAACACUAUUUCUCCAUCUAAUUAACAGCCUAAGAUAGAACACUGUCAAACAAGUUUAUACUCUAUUCUUAAAUCACAUCACAGACGGAACAUUUUAACAAAAUGGAGCUGACUCCCCCCCACCCUUUUGAAUGACCAUCAUAAACCUAAACGCUUUAGAAAGAGCUCUCGAAAGAUUAAGAAUUGUUUCAGGAUAAUUUUGCUUCAGUAAAUCCUCUCUAUAUUCAGGCUUUUAUUAGGCCAUUCCUUGUUCUGGAGGACAGGUCAUCCUGGCAGCUCAUUAACAGGAUAAACAGGGCUUUGGUAAAAAAUUUUCUUGAGGCUUUGCGGGCACAGAGUUCUUUGGCUUUUGUAUUUGCAGACCUAAGACGGGGACUGAUUUUAGCUGAGACUGCCCCUCCCCGCCCCCAUGUCACUUGUAUUUUUCCCCUACUGUCCUCCACACGAGGAACAAGGCUGCUGGCAGUGUCCCACACGCCUCAGACAUCUCUGGGGGACCUGAGGUUUACUGGGUCCUUUCACAACCUGACAAGGCUGAUGGCAGCUCUUGAGCCAGAUCAUGCAUUUCAUGGAGCUGAGGCUGCAGAGGUCUCUGCUCCUUGGGGUGGCAGCUGACUUUUUACUGGGACACGUGUAGAAAAGGCCCACCUGUAACAAGGCCCCAUUCUGCCCUGCAGAUAUUUUAAAAGAGGGAAUUUGGUGGUGAUGAUAUUUAAAUGAUCUUGGCUAAGAUGCUUGACUAAGGGAGGCAGAGAGAUUUCAAUCAGAU